CAAAAAUUCAUAUUCAUAAAGCAAAGCAAAAGCAACUCAUUUUUAAAAAGCAAAGCAUCUCAAUCUUCCACACACACACUUCCCUUUCCACUUACAGAGAAACAAGCAAACCCUAAAAAUCAACAACCCAACAAUCAACAACCCAACAAUCAUUAUCACAAAUUAAAGUCAAUCUCUCUCUCAAAUAUCUUCCCUUUCCACUCACAAACAAUCAAACCCUAAAAAUCAACAGCCCAACAAUCCUCAUAAAUUAAACUCUCUCCUCUCUCUCGCUCUCAAAUUUCAGGAAAAACAUAAAACCCUAAAUAGGGACAAGUGUCGAUGAUGAAACAAUCCGAAUCUUCGUCUUCAUCCUCCUCGACAACCAGCGUCCAUGUAACAGCGCUAGACGGCCUCGUCAAUGUCAACUCUCUCUUCACCAUCGCCGUCUUCGUCGGUCUCUCUCUCACCACGCCGGGCCAACGGAGCCUCGAGGACCGAGUGGACUGCGACGCAGACGUUACCGUCGCCAGGAAGCUCCUCGUGUUCGAGGUUGUUUCGUUCAGCUUCUUCCUCUUCUCCUCCCUUGUCGCGCAGGGUCUCAAGCUGGCCAUCAAUCUGUUGAACAGCAAGGACGUGGAUGAGGCCUUUAGGGCACACAUUAACCUCAAGGCCCUCAGAUUUGGGAUGCUGGCUUCGGCCUUUGGAUCGGUCAUGGGUUGCGUCUUCUUGAUGCUUUCGAUGGUCAAUGUGAUCGAGAUUCGGUUGGGGAUGUUGUCUUGUGGGAGCAAAUCAACGAUUCAUGCCGUCGCCGCGCUGGUUAUACUGGUUACAUCUGCACUUUUGGUGUAUAUAUCCACAGCUAUAUAUGCUUUUCUGCACUAAGUGAAACUUCUGAGUACGUGUUUUGUAUCUUAUUGAAUGCUCAAUAUGUAAAAUAUACUUUUGAGUGUGAAAUUAUGUGUAGGAAUUGUGGUGCUUGGAUGAUGUUACUUAUGGAAGAUUUGGUCAUUGAUUGUCAAAAA